AAUCUAAUUUCAUUCCAAAUUCAAAUCCAGAGGCUACAGCUCUACAGCACAACAAAAAAGGCAACUAGACUUGAGAAAGAAAAACAGUCUCAAAAUGCAGCAAAAGUCAGGCUUCCUGAUCCUCUUGCUCUCCCUCAUUUUCCUUCCUCUCAUCUUCUCCGACGCCAGAAAGGAGGCUCCCCUCGGAGGAUGGAGUCCGAUCAAAGACACCAAGGACCCACACGUGAUAAAGAUCGCGGAAUUCGCCGUCGAGGAGUAUAACAAGAAGUCAAAUGGGAGUUUAAAGUUGGUUAAGGUGGUGAAAGGCGAGACUCAGGUGGUGGCCGGGACAAACUACCGGUUGAUUUUGCAGGCGAAGGAAGGGACCGUCGAUAACACGUAUAAGGCUGUGGUGUGGGAGAAGUUGUGGCUGAAUUUCAGGAAUCUCACCUCCUUUAACCUCGUCAAGGGUUAGAUUUGAUUAUAAUGUAAUUUAUGUUCAUAUAUGUUAUCCUUGUCCUUCUCUAUUACUUAACUGAGUGGAGAAUAAAAUCUUAAUAAUACAUAAUUAUGUGAGUUUGAGAUGUUUCGGUUUCAAAA